AUGGAGCGAAUGGAGCAGCUGGUAGGGCACGCGCUCGCGCGCGUGGACGAGCUGGAGAAGGCGACGAACGAGUUGGAUACGAAGCAGAACGCAAUGACGCAGCUCAUGGAUGCAAAGCAGGCCGCCACCGCGGAGCUCGUGAAUGCGAAGCAGGCCGCCACCGCGGAGCUCGUGAAUGCGAAGCAGAACGCCUCGGCAGAGCUGAUGCAGGCGCUGCUCACGCAGGUUCACGAGCUUCGGACGGACAAUCGGAGUCUUCGUGCCCGGCUUGAUGCGCUCGAACGUCAGCCCAAGCAUUCGGGAAGCAGCGGCAGCGCGCGCCCUGCAACGCUCGCAGAGAUUGUGGAGCGACGCGAUGCGCUUCGUGAGAUCAAGCAGGCCGGCAUCGAUUGCCGGCUAGCCCGAGCGACUGGUUACUCGUGCGCAGAGGCGCGGCAAGCUGGUUACCCGCUGCUCGAGGCCAAGGCCGCCGGAUGGUCGUCGGACGAGCUGAGGAUGGCGGGUUACAUAAGCUCGAUGGGCAUGUCGUCGCGCGAGUUCUUCGACCGCUACCAGGCCGGCACCACCAACUUCUCUGGGCUCGACUUUUCGGGCGAGGACUUCAGCCGGAUGGUCAUCGACAAAGCGUGCACCUUCGCGGGGUGCGACCUGACGGACGCCACAUUCGAUCACGCCACGCUGUGCGGGAUCGAUUUUGCGAGCUCGCAGAUGGCACGAGUCGACAUGAGUCAUGCGCGCGUGCAGCGCUGCGACUUUGCGUCCACCGAUCUGUCGAACGUCGAUCUCAGCCACGCCGCACUCCACGAUUGCACCUUCCCGAACAGCAGCCUUCACACUGCCCGGUGGGCGAGUGCCAAGAUCACGGGCGGCGCGAAGACCUCCAAGCCGUUCAAGGCUCUCGGAUUCGCGUGCUCGGAGGCGCGCUCGUUGGGGCUCCUCGAGGGGCUCCGGCAGGCGGGCUACUCGAGUGUGCAGGCGAAGCAGGCGGGCUACUCGUGUGCGGAGGCGAAGCAGGCGGGUUACUCGUUGGCGGAGAUGAAGCAGGCGGGUUACUCGUUGGCGGAGAUGAAGCAGGCGGGUUACUCGUGUGCGGAGGCGAAGCAGGCGGGUUACUCGUGUGCGGAGGCGAAGCAGGCGGGCUACUUGCCUCAUGAGUGCAGUGAUGCAGGGUUCACAUUCAGCGAGGGGAAACAGUCUGGCUAUCGUCACAACGAGUACUGCUGGACGCAGGGGGCUUCGCAGGGGUACAGCAAACUGGAGUACAACCGUCAGUAUGGAGAGCAGCACAACCGUUGGUGA